AUGACCCCCACGUGCACCGACGGCAGCAACAAAUGUAGCAGCAGCAGCAGCAGCAGCAGCAGCAGCAGCAGCAGCAGCAGCAGCAGCAGCAGCAACAGCAGCAGCAGCAGCACCACCACCAUCACCACCACCACCAACACCACCAGCACCACCACCCGCAGCACCACCACCCGCAGCACCACCACCAUCACCACCAUCAUCACCCGCAGCACCAUCACCAGCAGCAGCAGCAGGAGCAGCAGCAGCAGCAGCAGCAGCAUACCUAGCGCUUCUCCCUGCUCUAUGUAUAUAAGCAUGGGGUGCACCACCACCCGCACCACCAUCACCAGCAGCAGCAGCAGCAGCACCACCACCAUCACCACCAUCACCACCAUCACCAGCAGCAGCACCACCCGCAGCAGCAGCAGCAGCAGCAGCAGCAUACCUAGCGCUUCUCCCUGCUCUAUGUAUAUAAGCAUGGGGUGUAUGGGGAGCUUCAUAGUGAAGAACUGUCUGUACACCCGGAAUAUCGAGGCCCCUUGCUGCUGCAUCUGA